UAACUAUUUUAACCGUCACUUUCCAGUAAGAAGUUUUCUUUGCACAGACCUGUAUUUAUAGCUUCGAAAUCGCCCCAGCAAUUAACGGAAACACCUUUUUUCUCCGAUCUAAUCGAACUCAAGCGCAAAAUGAACAAUUCGAUCCCAAAUAACGAGGAAACCAGCGAUGACGAGACGUUGGAAGAUGUGACGCCGUGCUCUUCCUCGAAGAAAAAAGCACUGUCGCGCAAGAAAAUUAUGAGCUCACAAGAGGAGAAAGAUGCUAUAAAAGAUUCAAUCAAUUCCAAGGAGGGUAAUCUCAUGAACAGUUCGAUCUCAAAUAACGAGGAAACCACCAAUGAUGAGACGUUGGAAGACGUGACGCCGUGCUCUUCCGCUAAGAAAAAAGCACAGUCGCGCAAGAAAAUUCUGAGCUCACAACACGAGAACUAUUGCAAGGAGGUUACUUUAAUCGAUAGAAGCAAGGAUCCAACUGAUUCAGAGAAUACUGCGCGCUAUAAUUCUGACUCUGAGGAUGAUGAUAUAAGUGACAUAGGAAUUAAAAACACGGCGCGUAAAAAUGGCGAAGAAAAAGCGGGAGCGAAGAAAAGGAAAGGGACUAUCUCUUCGAUUGACGAUGAAGAUGACUUUACCCCACAGAAACAGAUUAAGACAGAAAGGGAACAAAACGCUAAGAGGAAAUUAGCUUUGGAACAGUUGGUCCAUAGUAGAAAUCGUACGAAAGGGCCAUUGAACAUGACUGUUGAUGCUGGAAAGGGUUCCCCUGAAGAAUCUAAGAUGGAUGGGCUAUUGAGCAAGCCUGAUGAUGGUGAAGAAGGUUCAUCCAAAGAAUCUGAGUUGAGCAGUUCAGAUGAUGAAACCUCUGGAGAUGAAUCAGAUCUUGAUGAUUUUGUUGAGGGAGACUCCCCAAGUCAAGAGUUGGCUGAAACUUCUGCGUACUUUUACAACCCAAGUAAAGAAGAGUUGUUUGACAGAUAUGUUGAAACAAUUUUGAACAGUAUUGUGGAUGAAGAGUUUUCAUCAUCAUUGCAGAACUCAAAUGAUUAUCGCUUUGAGAAAGCACAAACCUAUUGGGAAAAUCUAAUAAAUACUAAGAAAGAUCAAGUGGUUAGCAGAAAUUGGAAAGACUAUAAGAAGAGGUUGAUGGAAUGCCCUGUCAUGAAAUCAAAAUUGCUGGGGUAUACAAGAAAGAAGUAUAUAAAGCAACAGUGUGAAGGGUGCUUAUUGCCACGAACCAUAUCAAAAUGUGUAGCAUUUUACGAAGAGCCUAAUGGAAGGAAAAUCAAGGAGUUUAAGGUUGGCUGCCAUUGUGCAAGAAGAGGGUGGGUAUAUCAUCGCCUUCAUCAUUUCAAGGAGAAACUGAAGGAAAGUUGCUCUGAAAAGGUUAAUGAGGUGCGAGACAGGGCAAGGACUGGAACACCUAAAGAGGUUGUUGAGAAGUGUAUUGAGGACAGAAAAUGGCUUGAUGAGCUGUUUAGAGAUUUGAAGUCAAAGUUGAAUGAUGCCGAUACGUGCCCACUGGGUGGAUAAUAAGAUCGGUUUGGUCACUGCGCAAGGGGAAAAACAGGCAUUCAUUGCUUUCUCAGCCCAGCUAAAUGCAUUUUAGAGUUCUGAUUUGGGAUCAACGUUAGAAGCUGCAUAAAUCGUUAUUUUUUACAUAACGACUUUUUACGUUCCAACAUAACUGCUCACAGGGUUCCCCUGUCUCUUAAAAUCAAGAAAGUCAUCUCAAAAGGGAUAAAACACCAGAACUUGAAAGAGGCAUUUCUCACCCUGUGCUGGAGGUCCGAGUGGAACUUCCUUUGAUCAGUCCAAUUCCUUGUAUCAUUAUCAAUUUCUUACUGACCGAAGGCUGGAGUAAGUAUAACUCAACUGACAGUCAAUGAUGUCUCAAUCUAUAAAACGGACGAUCUCCACCUCGCUAGGGAUCCUAGGAUGGCAUGGAGUAUUGUUAUUGCUUCUUAUCAUUUCGUCAUUCAAAAUUUUCCAUUUGGAAUACGAGCGGCCCCUUGAACAGGAAAUCGCAGCGUGCCCAUGUACCAUGGGCGUCAUUUACAGCACUACCAUGUUUCUUGUCCCAUCCCUGGCUGCCUACAUUAUUGCAUGUUUCGCUUAUUUCCGUCAAGACGACGGUAGCGUUCCUUGGUCUGCUUUGAAAAAAUUCUACGAAAUGGUACGUUCCUGUGAUUUCUUAGAAGAAUCGACCGGUUUUUUUUCCCAUACGGAGCUCUGCAAUUUCUGCCGUCAAGUCGAGCGUGAUUGGACCCUGGUGAAAAUUGCAGUUUCGGCAGUUCUCUCGUUGCUGUAUCCUCUUGUGUGGAUCAUUCUCAGUCUUCUUCAAGCUCAUUACUAUGUGUGUGCUCAAGUUGGCCCUUCACCAAUGAUAGUCACUAGUUUCUGCAAUGUAACAAUCGAUGAAGAUUAUUAUAAAGACUACGCCUUGGCAGGGAUUCGCUCGAAAGUCAUCGGUGGAAUUUUGUUUGCCUGCAUGCUGUUUUGCGCUGGGUUGUUUGUAGUCCUCCAUGGUGAAAUAGAAAAUUAUUUGAAAAAAUACGACGAGUCCUCAGACGACGGGAGUGCAAAAAAACUUGCAGUUUAUGUCACUUUCCUGCCGGAUCAUUCAUCCGGGGCAACAGAUGCAGCAGGAGCAGCGGCUUCUCGCCACAGUGGUGCUCCAACCAUCGCAAGUGGCCCAGGAGCUCCUGAGCCCAAAAGUCAAUCCAGAAUGAAGCAAGAUCCAAAUGGUAAAGAAAAGGGGAUUCAAAUCCAUUUGACCGGUAAACUUGUCUCUGUCCUUCAAGGGAGUAUUCGAAAUGACGCAUGGCAAGGUGUUGAUAUCCGCUGUACACAACAGGAAGAACAGAGGAGCUUGCCAGGAUGUUUUCCAUUUCGCUCGCCGUCUCGUGCCAAACUACUUUCGGACGUUCAAAGGAAGCAUGGGUACGAAUCACUGCGAGAAGUAGCGGUUAAGAGUACUCGGAGUUAAACAACGUUUUAUAUCGACAUUCUGAACGCUCGUUUAGACAUAGAAGUUUAGGAAACAACAAAUCUUCUCGAUAGCUAAGUAACCAAAACGAGCGAUUGAUUGAAUGGGUUACUUUUCACCAACUGAGUAUUAGGGCCGUACUGGAGAAUUUAGGCCCGACGUCGCGGCAGUACGGCCGGAGCGCCACGAGACCGUACAAAAACGACUUAGGGCCCAUAAUCUUCACUACGAUAAGAUAAUCAGCUCUAAACCGUAUGUACAGGAAUAUUUUUCGCUUUGCGGGAAGAUAAAUCUUGAAAUGUUAAUGCCAUUUCAAUUAUUUAAAAAAUGGGGUACCCACAUAAUGAACAUAACUUUAAAGAGUUCCUCGCAAAUAAGGACGGCUUCAAGCAAUCCAUUUCCGUUCAUGGAAGGUAAAUUAACGAAGAGCCAUUUUUUGCGUCCUUUUUAGCAAAUCGUCGUUCUAAUGUUAGAUGAUAGGCCUGGGAAACACUCAAGAAAUUUGCAUAAAUCGGUAAUUAGAUGCCUCAGUUUAAGAUCCAACGCGUCAGGGCUUUGCUGUCUUCGAAGAAACGUCGCUUCUUUGGAAACCAAAUCAAGGUUUGAAGAUACUGAAAGACAUCAGAAUCGGUAAAACUUUGAAUUUAUUCUUUAGUUUUCUUAUUAGGUAGACCACAGGUAUUGCUCAGUCGUGUACGCGACGCCGAGAAAACAGGAAUUGUAUGUCUACUUAGGUGGUUGACAUAUGUCGUUGAUACAUUGAGAAUCGCGAGAGACGUUUAAAAAAGUUUAAUGUCUUAGCCAUCUCAAUUUUCCGAAUUCCAUGUGUCAUCAGAAUUUUUCAAUAGAGCUGCAUUCUGCCAGCGACAUUCAGGCUAAUAAUAGAGCGGUGAACAUGAAACUUUUCGUUUCCGAACCGAGCCCACUUCAGAUGUCUGAAUCCGGCGUGUUUUCGCUGAAGCUACCCAGGGAAAUAAAAAUUUUCGCCCAACUUUGUAUCACUUUGCUUAAUGUAGCUUACGAUUUUGUAAUUAAAGUCUAUUAUUUUUUCUAAUUAAUUGUAUCUUAUGCUUCAUCAAGAAGCUUUUAACGUAUCUUUAUAAACAACUUAAACAAUUGCGCCUGAGGUGAAUUACGAACUUCUCCAUUUUACUGAACAAACGUUUUGAAUUAUGAUAAGCAGUAUAUAAACCCAAGAAAGAAGAAUACCAGUACAUGUUUAUUUUAUCGUCGACAAACGAAAAUGUGGAACAUCACGUUCGUUAGUGAAUAAAUUCGAAGCCCUUC